UUUAUUCUAUGGUGCUUGCGGUCGCCGGACGCCGGUUCGUAUCAAAACAUUGAAGGAGAGAAUAAUUGUUUAGUGUUCACGUCAUUGUGGAUGGGAACGGUUUAUGUGUCGUGAUAGAUUAUAGAUAAAGGAAAAACUUUGUAUUGAAAUUGCAAGUAGACGUGCCUAUAUAUAUAACUGGAGAUAAGUCGUAUCACCCACUCGUGUAAUAAUUUUGUUGAUAACAUACCGUUUUCUAACCUAACAACAUUGCCGAAUUAUCGAGCCAUGAACGAAGAGGAAAAUAUUAAUGAAAAUGAUGAUCAUUCGAUAGAUGAUACUGAGGCGUUAUUAAGAAAUGAAGUCAGUGAAGUUAGAGGGUAACAGCGCCUUGGAAACCGACGAAAAUGAAGACACACCAAGCAUAUCAUUCUUCACUUUACUUAGAUUCGCAUCCGCAAAAGACAAACUGUGCAUAUUUCUUGCGACAGUUACUGCUUUGACUAGCGGAUGCUCUACCGCUAUUAAUACAUUACUGUUUUCUGGAUUCAUCCAAAGCAUGAUAGACUUUGGUAGAUCGGUCAACGAAGGUACGCCUAAAGUAGAUGCUUUUCUUCAAGCGACAAAAACUUUCGCAAUCUAUAACAGUCUUGUUGGUGUUGCUUUAGUAAUUCUUACAUAUAUUGGAACAGUCCUCAUGAACAUAUCUGCAUAUAAUCAGGUAUUUCGAAUACGACAAGCAUAUCUAAAAGCAGCUUUACAUCAGGAUUUUGAAUACUUUGACACACACCAGAUUGGAGAUUUCGCAACGCAAAUGUCCGAUAAUGUUGUCAAAAUAGAAAAUGGAAUAGGAGAAAAACUGGAAAAAUUUAUAUUCUACACCGCAGAAUUCUUGACUUGUUUCAUGAUGGCACUUAUAAAAGGCUGGAAGCUAGCUCUAUUGUGCCUGAUUACUUUCCCUGUAACAAUGUGUCUUAUUUGGAGUUCAGGCUGGAUCGCGUCUAAAUUAUCAAAACGGGAAGCCGAGUUAUCAAGCAAGGCAGGAGCAGUAGCCGAAGAAGUUUUUUCGGCUAUCAGAACAGUUUACGCUUUUAGCGGGCAACAGACAGAAAUAGAUAGAUUUGAAAAACGUAUAUCUGAAGCCAGGAGCGUCAACAUUAAAAAAGGAUUAUUGGAAGCAAUUUCUAUGGGCCUGCUAGAUUUCUGCAUAUACAGUUCUUAUGGCCUGUCCCUCUGGUUUGGAUAUAAACUUAUGAUAGACGAACCUAAAACAUAUAACGUCGACACAAUGAUCGCAGUUUUUUUCGGAAUAAUGUUGGCAUCUGUUAACUUUGAGUCAUCAUCUUCACUGAUGGAUACAUUCGGAACAGCAACUGGCGCAGGGGCACAGAUAUUCAAACUAAUUGAUAACGUUCCAAAGAUCAAUUCUGAACUGGAUCGAGGCGUUGAAUUCAAUAAUACGGUUGGAAAUAUCGUAUUGGACAACGUCUUUUUCCAUUACCCCUCCAGACCCGAUGUGCCGGUCCUCAAAGGAGUCAGUCUAAGCGUGCAACGCGGGCAAUCUGUAGCGAUAGUGGGUCAUUCAGGUUGCGGCAAGUCCACGAUUAUUCAGCUAAUAUCCAGAUUUUACGAUGUCGUUGAUGGCAGUGUUGCCAUAGAUGGAAUUGACAUUGGUGACUAUUCCGUGAAAUGGAUUCGCCGCCAAAUCGGUCUUGUGUCACAGGAACCAGUGUUAUUCAACACAACGGUCCGGGAAAACAUUCGGUAUGGACGUGAAAACUUUUGGUAUGAAAGUGAAGAUAUAGCUGCCUGUGAUGUCGAAGAAACUGCGAAAUUAGCCAACGCACAUGACUUCAUCAGAAAACUUCCAUCGGGUUAUGAUACAUUAGUAGGAGAACGGGGUGCUUCACUUUCUGGAGGACAAAAGCAACGCAUCGCAAUCGCUCGUGCGAUUAUUCGCGACCCAGGUAUUCUCCUAUUGGACGAAGCUACGAGCGCCCUGGACGCAUCUUCUGAAGCAAAGGUUCAAAAAGCUCUAGAUAGGGCCCGAGAAGGCCGCACUACAAUAAUCAUUGCCCAUAGGCUUUCAACAAUACGAAAUGUUGACAAGAUAUACGUUCUCAAAGAAGGUACUAUAGUAGAAAGUGGAAGCCAUGACGAGCUGAUGGAUAAAAAAGACCAUUAUUAUGAUAUGGUUAUGUUGCAAUCAACUCCAGAAGCCACUGAAACAGUUACAGGUACUGCAGGCGAUUUAAAACGAACUAUAUCGUUGGAGCAAGACAAAGAUGAAGACGAAGAUUUUGACGCAAUAGUAGAAGAGGAGAAUCUAAAUCCAGAAGAAAUAGUUAAGGUGCCAUUUACUCAAGUGAUCAAACUCAAUGCACCUGAAUGGAAGUCUAUAACUGUGGCUUGUUUGUGUGCGGUCGUUAUGGGUCUCUCCACUCCACUUUUUGCUUUAAUUAUCGGCGACUUUAUUGGAAUACUUUCCAAUCCUGAUACAGAUGCAGUCAAAGCCCAAGUACGAAUUCAUGCGCUGAUAUUUGUGGGUCUCGGAAUAAUAACUGCACUUGCAACUUUAGUGACGGGAUUCCUAUUUUCAGUAGCUGGUGAACAUCUGACGGCAAGGUUAAGAAAGUUGAUGUUUGAAAAAUUGCUUCAACAAGAAAUUGGUUAUUUUGACGACAAAAAUAAUUCGACUGGAUCUCUGUGCGCACGUUUGUCAGGUGAAGCCGCUUCUGUGCAUGCGGCGACAGGUCAGAGAAUUAGCACAAUAUUAGAAUCAGUUGGUACUUUAUUAUUCGCUACUGCAGCUGCUGCUUACUGCGAAUGGCGUUUAGGGCUACUUGCCUUAUCAUUCGUGCCACCUAUUUUCGCUUUUAUUUAUGCAGAAGGUAAAAUGGUGUCCGAAGAAUCUACGGGAAUAGCGAAAGCUAUGGAAUCUAGUUCCAAGAUCGCAGUAGAAGCUGUUGCGAACGUACGCACAGUUGCAUCUCUAGGCAAAGAAGAAUUUUUUGUUGAAGAGUAUGCUCGUCAAUUAAGACCAGCGCUUCAUAUCGCUAAACGAGCAACUCAUUUGCGGGGACUCACAUAUGGAUUAUCGAGAGGAAUUUUUAACUUCGUAUAUUCUGCUACGUUAUAUUAUGGAGGAUAUUUAAUGGUAUACCACAACGUUAGCUAUGGCUUAGUAAUUAAAACAGCUGAGACGCUUAUUAUGGGCUCCACAUCUGCAGCGGGUGCCUUUGCCUACGCCCCUGAUUUCCACAAAGGAUUAAGUGCUGCGGGACGUAUUAUACAACUCCUAAAUCGAAAGUCUAAAAUAACAGAUCCAAAUCUACCCGCAACUGAAGAUUUUAGAGGAUCAGGGAAUGCGAGCUUAGGAAGAGUAUUGUUCAAGUAUCCAACGCGACCAUCGGUAAAAGUUCUUGAAAACUUCGAUUUAGAAAUAGAGAGGGGCAAAACCAUAGCGUUGGUAGGCCCCAGCGGCUGUGGCAAGAGUACUAUAAUACAACUACUUGAACGAUUUUACGAUCCCGAUGAAGGAAUAGUGGCCCAAAACAGUAUCCCUCUGCCGAUGCUACGGUUGGCUGAUGUAAGACAAACUAUAGGAUUUGUACAGCAAGAACCAGUCUUGUUCGAUAGAACUAUAGCUGAAAACAUUGCGUAUGGGGACAACACCAGGCCAACCAGCAUGGAAGAAAUUAUCGAUGUCGCCAAACAAGCUAAUAUUCACGAAUUUAUCACUUCCUUGCCUUUGGGAUAUGAAACUAACGUCGGAACAAAAGGGACACAGCUAUCUGGAGGCCAAAAGCAGAGAAUAGCUAUUGCCCGCGCCUUGAUACGCCGACCUAAAAUACUACUUCUCGAUGAGGCUACGAGUGCAUUAGAUACAGAAAGCGAAAAGGUGGUCCAAGAAGCACUGGACGCGGCGAAGGCGGGGCGCACGUGCGUGAUGAUCGCGCACCGCCUGAGCACGGUGCGCGACGCGGACGCCAUCUGCGUGCUCAGCAACGGGCGCGUGGCGGAGCGCGGCACGCACGCGCAACUCAUGCAACACAAAAGACUCUAUUACAACCUAAAUAGACGAGGAGGAUACACGUGACAUUACCUAAAUAUAUAAAUAAUAAUGACCAGUAUUAAAGCUAUUUUGUACUAACACUAAGAAAAUUAUAAAGUUAUUUAAAAAUUAAGUAUCUUUUUCAAUUAAGCAUGUAUACCUACCAAGUAGAACUUAAUAGCUUUCUGAAUUCUGUUACAUUCUUCGAAAGCUAUUAAAAGUUCUGGCAAACACAGAUCUAAAUAAUCUAGCUAGAAUAGCCAGUUCUUGAUCUUGCAACAUUUUAUAAAUUGUAGGUAAGUAUAUACUUACGACAAUAAGCACGCGAAUUAUACAAGAUCAAAUAUUACCUAUAUAGUAUAGUAAUAUGUAACAAGAUGUUUGGAAAUAAACGUUUAUUUCUAUAAAUUCUACUUAUAUUAAGAUGUAAGUGAUGUUUAGAUCUGUCACAGUCUAAACUUCACUAACUUCUAUUUAUUUUCUGAUAACAAGCCUUACGGCCUUGAUUUUAACCUUAGAUUUCAGUUGAACGCAUUCUUCACAAAUCUAUGAAUGAAUCUUUUUCAGUUUUGUAAACAAGAUCUAUUAAUAGAAACGGGGAAUGAGCGACUUCUGUACAAUCCGCACCUGAACGCUCUCCGCUCAAAUAUAAUUAAUAAUGCCAAUAAAACUAGCAACUUGUUUGAAUUGAUAGUCAUAAAAUGAGUAGUAGUUCAUGAUAUAUUUCAUGCAGCUUUGAAAAUAAUUGUUUCAGUAUUACUAGCUACGGCAAAGUGCACGAGUCAUAAUAGGAGACUUCAACCUGUUUGUCUGAUUCUUUUAAUAUGGAUGAAUUCAGUGGAUUUGAAGAUAACAGAGCUAUCAGGCGUCACUCCGAUAAUAUUAUAACAAUAUGAAACUUAGCAUAUGAAUAUUAUCUUGAUGAUAACACAUAUCAGUAUCGAUAGUUCAGCGAUCGAGAAGACAAUAUAAUAUACUUAACUAACACGAGGAAAUAGCAAAAAUGUUAUGAAAUUAAUUUGCAAGAACAGAACAGUUUGAUUAAGUCAAAAGAAUAU